AGGUUGUGUAUCAGGUUGUGUAUCAGGCUGUGUAUCAGGUUGUGUAUCAGGUUGUGUACAGGUUGUGUACAGGUUGUGUAUCAGGCUGUGUACAGGUUGUGUAUCAGGUUGUGUAUCAGGUUGUGUACAGGUUGUGGUCCUGCAGCAGGGGAACAUGGUUUAGGGUUCCAGUGUUCUCAGCUGAUGGGGGUCUUUCUUUGUCUCUGUUGUUCUGGAUCCUGAGGGGCCACUUAUGGACCUUCUGCAGCAGGAAGCAGCGUCUGGAGACCACAGAGCUGCAGCAUCCGCUGGGUCCAGGAGGAAACAAGCAGCUGGAAGCCCACCAAAGACACACAACAGCACGGGGUUCCAUAUUUACCCUUCAUGUUGUGCUCUACCCGAGAUGAAGGGACCAGAACCCAGAGGUCCUGGAGGUCAGAGGUCAGAUCUUCUUCGAACCUGUGGAUUAAACAUCGUGUUCUCCUGAGGGUUCCUCAGUUCCAGAGGUUCUGUGUUCCGGUGUCUGGGUCCCUCUGCUGGACGGAGGGUGAAGUUCUGCUGGUGGAUCCUGCGUGAUGGUUGGCUGAGCUGGUCGAUGCUGCAGCGAUAAAUGGCGGUUUGCUGCCGACCACCAGAGGAACUGUGUCAUGGAAACUACACUUACAGAGAGCAGCCAUCAGGGGGCGCCGUGGUCUCCCGUCCCUCAGAGAUCAAACUUUCCAGAGCUGCAGCUUGAAGACAUUUCAGAUGUGAGACGUUGAGAGGACAGGAUGGAGGAGUUGAUCUGAAGCUGACAGACAUCACAGCGUCGCUUUGUCUGCUCACUGAGACAGAAGACUGAAGACGCCCCGAACAUCGUUGGUUUUUAUUCCCGUUUCAGCUCCGGGGAUGAAGUCCGAAGUCUGCAGGACCGGAGCCUGAAACUCUUGUGCUUCUUCAGGAGGUUAGAGCGGUGCAGAAUGGGCUGCACAUGCAGUGGACAGAAACAGAUCAACGGUGGAACUUUCUACAAAGUAAAAUCCAACUCUGAGGCUUCAAACCACAUAGCUCGAAGUGGAAACACCUACACAGAUCAUGAAGACGUCGUGUUCGUGGCUCAACACGACUUCAAGGCGACCAACGACUCCGACCUGCCGUUCAGGAAAGGAGACCGACUCAAAGUCCUGCAGGAGAAUGGAGAGUGGUGGUUGGCUAAAUCCCUGGUCAGCGGACAGGAAGGAUUCAUUCCGUCCAACUAUGUGGCCCGAGCAGAUACUCUGGAGGUGGAGAAGUGGUUCUUCAAAGAUCUGAGCAGGAGAGAAACCGAGCGGUUGCUGAUGGUUCCUGGAAACAAACCCGGAGCUUUUCUCAUCCGAGAGAGUGAAACCUGUAAAGGUUCCUUCUCGCUGUCCAUCAGAGACACCGGAGAUGAUGAAGGAGAUGUGGUGAAACACUACAAGAUCCGCUGUCUGGAUAAAGGAGGUUACUACAUCUCACCUUCCAACACCUUCAGCACCCUGCAGGAGCUGGUCAGAUACUACAGCCGAACCGCAGACGGUCUGUGCCAGCGGCUCUACGCUCCCUGUAAACCCAGAGCUCCUCAGCAGCCGUGGGCUCAUGACGAGUGGGAGAUUCCCAGAGAGACGCUGAAGAUGGUGAAGAAGCUGGGAGCCGGUCAGUUCGGAGAGGUCUGGAUGGGUUACUACAAGAACAACCAGAAAGUGGCCAUAAAAACCCUGAAGGAGGGAACCAUGGAGCCCGAGGCCUUCCUGCAGGAGGCCAACCUGAUGAAGCAGCUGCAACACCAGCGCCUCGUACGGCUGCAUGCCGUCGUCACCAAGGAACCCAUCCUCAUCGUCACCGAGUUCAUGGUCAACGGGUGUCUGCUGGACUUCUUAAAAACAGACGAAGGAAAGAAGCUGAAGCUGAACAAGCUGAUCGACAUGUCGGCUCAGGUGGCAGAGGGAAUGGCCUACAUUGAGAAGAAGAACUACAUCCACAGAGACCUGAGAGCAGCAAACAUCCUGGUCAGCGACACGCUGAGCUGUAAGGUCGCUGACUUUGGCCUCGCCAGGAUCAUCGAGUCCGAGUACACGGCUCAGGAAGGAGCGAAGUUCCCCAUCAAGUGGACCGCCCCGGAGGCCAUCAACUUCGGAACCUUCAGCAUCAAAUCAGACGUCUGGUCCUUCGGGAUCCUGCUGACAGAGAUGGUGACGUACGGACGGAUCCCGUAUCCAGGUAUGACCAACCCGGACGUGAUCCGCUGUCUGGACCGGUUCUACCGGAUGCCGUGUCCCGACGGCUGUCCUCAGGAGCUCUACGACGUCAUGAUGAUGUGCUGGAGGCAGAAACCCGAAGACCGGCCCACCUUCGAGUUCCUGCAGAACCUCCUCAACGACUUCUUCAUCGCCACUGAGGGCCAGUACGAGAUGCAGCCCUGAUAGCAGAACCUCAACAGAACCCAAGGACAGAACUUGAAUAAAACCAGGAAACAGAACCUAAACCCAGAACCUGAUUACAGAACCUAAAGACAGAACCUGAUCACACAACCCAAACAGAACACAAGGACAGUACCUAAACAGCAAACCUGAUCACAGAAUUCGAUCACAGAACCUGAACACAGAACCCGAAGACCGGCCCACCUUUGAGUUCCUGCAGAACCUUCUGAACGACUUCUUCAUCGCCACCAGGGCCAUGCAGCCCUGACAGUAGAACCUGAAAAGAACUUAAACACAGAACAUGGACACAAAUCCUGAACAGAACCAGGAAACAGAACCAUAACAGGUUCUUCUAAACUGGAGCUGUUCCUGAUGGAACCAGACAAUGAGGACCGUUAGAACCAACAGAACGUUUAAAGGGAGCUCCGGUUCUGUUUAAACGGGUUCUGUUGGACCGAGAUGAGCAGCCUGAGACUGAAAGCAGUUUUUUGCACUUUUUCUGUUUCGUCAAUCAGCUGAUCUGUAAAAGAAGCUUUAAGAGAAAAUAUUUCUGCAUUUAUGUUUUUAUAAAUAAAAUAUUCACGUUAUUAUUUACA